AUGAGUCGAUUAUAUGACAAUUAUGAACCAACAGUGAUUGAUAAACAGUUACUAAAUGAUGCUGUAUUUUCAUUAUUGCAAAAAGGAACUGUGAGCGAACUUGCUAAACAAGAUGGAAUCCAUUUUGAAAAUGUUACACACCUGAGAUUGGAUUAUAGAAACAUUUUAAAAAUCGAUAACUUGUGGGCAUUUAAGUUACUUGUUAAGUUGCAGCUUGAUAAUAACAUCAUAGAACGAAUUGAAGGUAUCGGUCAUUUAACUCACUUACGUUGGCUUGAUUUAUCAUUUAAUAAUAUUGAAAAAAUUGACGGCUUACAAAAUCUGGUAAAUUUAGAAGAUUUAACAUUGUACAAUAACCGAAUUACCACAUUAGAAAAUAUGGAAAAUUUGAAAAAAUUACAAGUGUUUUCAAUUGGUAACAACUAUAUUACUGAAUUGUUUAAUAUAAAAUAUUUACGUCGAUUUCGCCAUUUACAAUCAGUAUGUUUACAUGGUAAUCCAAUUAGUAAAAACGAUGACUACAAAUUGUAUAUUCAUGCUAUGCUACCCAAUCUAUUUUAUUUAGAUUAUCAAAGAACCGACGAUAAACUUAAAUCUACAGGUUAUGAAAAAUAUCAACUAGAAAUUGAUGAGAUUAUAAGUGAAGAAGAGACUCAAUUGAAAUUGAAUAAAGAACUUGCUGAAAAUCAAGCUAAAAUAGAACUAUAUAAACAAGCAUUUAUUGAUGGCAUAGUUGAUGAAAAUAUUUUUCAAAAAUUAUUCACUGAUGAUCCUGAUGGCAGAGAAUUAUUGGUAGUUCCUGAAUUAUACAACAAAAAAUUUACACAUCAAUGUAAAUUAGUAUUUGAACUUGGUAUAAAAGAACAUGAUAAACGUAAUAAAGAAAUAGAAUCAUUUCGAAAUUGUAUUGAACAAGCGAAAAUGGUAAAUGCUGAAUUAAGUAAAAAGAAAAUAAAUGAAUUUAAAUUAUAUCAGGAUAAAAUAUUUAGAGAACUUUUAGAGAAUACUGAUUUGAUUAAAGUCGAAGAUGAUAUUUUAGAUUAUAAUGAGAAGGUGCAACAAUUAUGGAAUGAAUUAAUGAGAAAUGAAUCAAUUUUAGUUGAACAAAUUGAUGAAUUAAUUAAUGAAUUUGAAUUAAACUUAAAUGAUAUGAUUAGUACAUUUAUUGAAAAUGUUGAAGAACAUUUUACGGAAUGUCGCGAAUUACAAACUCAGUAUCAUGAAAGGUUGACAGAUCUAUGCCCAGGUAUUUUAGAACGAUUUAUGCGUAGUGACUUCCAAAGCGAACCAUCAGAUGCUCUUUUAGCCAUUUUUAUUGAUAAAGAAAGUGUAACGAAUGCAUUAACAGCCAGUAACGAUGCUCAUUUACUUAAAAUUGAUGAAUUCGCAGAUGAAAUUAAUGAGAAAGCGAAAAAAUGGAUUAAGGAAACAAUUACUUCCAUAUAUUCCGGUGAAAAAUAUGAUCGAAACAGAGCAAGAGUAAUGGAAAUAAAUCAUUUUAUAGAUGCAUUAAGAAAUGACGUUGAAAAUUUAGAUAUACCUGCAUUAGGUGAAUCUUGAAUAUGCAUAAUAUGAUAUUCUUU